UGUCUUUGUAGUAUUUUAACCUCAUAAUCUUCAAGUGGUCAAAACCAAACACAACAAGUAAAGAGUAUUUUUGACAAAGUCUUGUACAUUGUACUAAUCUAAGUGUUUAUGUGUUUGUUCUACACGUUCAGACUCGUUUUUGUCGUCUUAACCGCAGAAGAUGAAUAUAAACCUCUCUGACGCUCUCGAUGAUUGGCCCGCCUCUGGGGGCAAUCAGUCCUCAAAUCAAAACUCCAGCUGGCCCAAUGCUCCAUCGGGAGGCGCGGGUCCAGGGGGGUGGCCUGCGCCGCAGCCAGGAGGCGCGGGUCCGGGGGGGUGGCCUGCGCCUCAGCCUGGAGGCACGGGUCCGGGAGGGUGGCCUGCACCGCAACCUGGAGGCACGGGUCCAGGGGGGUGGCCUGCGCCUCAGCCUGGAGGCACCGGUCCAGGGGGGUGGCCUGCGCCUCAGCCUGGCGGCACGGGCCCAGGGGGGUGGCCUGUGCCUCAGCCUGGCGGCACGGGUCCAGGGGGGUGGCCUGCGCCGCAGCCUCCUGCACCGCAGCCUGGAGGCGGGGGUCCAGGGGGGUGGCCUGCACCGCAGCCUGGAGGCACGGGUCCAGGGGGUUGGCCUGCACCGCAGCCUGGUGGGGGAGGCCCAGGGGGGUGGACUCCAUCGCCCGGAGGUCAGCCAAGUCCUUCAACUGGACCAGGAGCCAGCACACAAUCACUGUCGAUGCCUUUCAGCCAAAGCAUUCCUCGUGGAUUGGAAGCAGGAACAAGCAUCGUCAUCAAUGGAGUCAUCAAAGACAAACCUGACAAGUUCACCGUGGAUUUUGGAGCAUCAGGGGAUGUGGUGUUCCAUUUUAACCCUCGCUUCAAUGAGUACGGGAAGAAGGUGAUCGUGAGGAACAGCAAGAUAAGAAACAAGUGGGGGCAGGAGGAACGAGACCUCGCUCGGUUCCCCUUCACGGCGGGCCAGCCCUUCCAGAUGAGGAUCCAGUGCACAAACCAGAUGUUUCAGGUCUUUGUCAACAACAACCACCUGUUGGACUUCAAGCACCGCAUGGGAAACUUGAGAAGCAUCAACCAGCUGAGCAUCUACAACGACGUCACGCUGUCACACGUCAACAUCAUCCCGGCCUGACCUUGCGGUCUUCACCUCUCGUUCGUGUGAGGAGAAAAGUCGGAUCAAUAAAAAGUUGUUUCACU